AUUUUUUUAAGUUAUGAGUGUCGCCCAUCAUUCAUCAGCUAACUCGAUUCUAUUGCUACUAUUGCUGAGAACAGAUUAUGAAUGAACGUUCUUCCUCCAGGACUGACCUAUUAAUAGCCAUGAAGUCUUUUAUUUUUGUAACAGCUGGGGUAGUAUGUAUGUCCUCGAUGUGUUAUUUCAUACCCGCUCAGCUACUUCGUGAUGAGGAUGCCGCUAACUAUGAAGCAACACCGCGGCAAAAUUUAGGAGAUUAUUGUUUUAAAAAACUGUCUAAAUUGAGAGCACUUAAUAUACACAUAUAUGAUCAAUAUUUGAUUGAUGCAGUGAUUGGUGGUAUCAGGGAUGAAAACAUAGCAAGAACGGUCAGGGCUGCAGAACAUACGGAUGCAAACGCUUUAUAUGCUUAUUUAAACACUGUAGGCGAAAUGCCUCAAGAAAGAAAAAGUGUUCAUCUAAACAGUGGACAAUUUCAACCGUCAACGUCUUCCAGAUCUGGUUAUAGCAAUCAUAAUAAAAGGGAAGUUAAUAAGCCUUCAGGUACGCGCUCAACAUGUUUUAAUUGCGGUAUUCUGGGCCAUAUUUCAUUUAACUGCAGAAAGCCACGCGUCGAAUGUACCAAUUGUAAAAGAUUGGGACAUAGUAAAGAAAAGUGUCCUUUUCCGCGUAAGAAAGAGCAACAAGUUGAAGUAUUAAGAAGUGUGUAA